AUGGUAGCCCAAUAUCCCAACUGCCAGCAAGUUAAAGCCGAACAUCAUAAGCCUGGAGGCCUAACUCAGUAUAUUGAACUUCUAAUAUGGAAAUGGGACAUGAUAAAUAUGGACUUCAUCACUGGUUUGCCUCGCACUCCACGGAGGUAUGAUGCUAUUUGUGUAAUUAUUGAUAGGCUUAAAAAUUCUGCUCAUUUCCUGCCAGUCAGGACGACACAUUCAGCCGAGGAUUAUGCCAAGCUUUACAUUCGAGAGAUUGUUUACCUUCACGGAGUGCUAUUAUCUAUUAUCUCUGAUCGAGGGGCUCAAUUUAUAGUAAAACUUAUUAGAGACCGGCUGCGUACAGCACAAAGUUGGCAGAAGUCUUAUGCAGAUGUUCGACGACGAGACUUAGAAUUUGAUGAAGAAGGUUGGGUUUUCCUAAAAGUAUCGCCUAUGAAGGGCGUCAUGCGAUUUGGAAAGAAGGGGAAGCUCAGCCCCAGGUAUGUUGGACCGUAUAAGAUUAUUCGGUGUGGCGUACGAGUUGAUUUGCCUUUAGAAUUAGAAGCAGUCCAUCCUGUGUUUCAUGUAUCUAUGUUGCGGAAGUGCAUUGGAGAUCCUUCACAUAUUACGCCCAUUGAGGAUAUUCACAUUGCUGAAGACUUAUUUUAUGUAGAGGUACCAGUGGCUAUUUUAGAUCGGCAAGUAAGAAAGCUUCGAACUAAAGAAGUGGCUUCCGUGAAAGUGUUAUGGCGAAAUAACAACAUCGAGGAAAUGACCUGGGAAGCGGAGGAGGAAAUGAGGAAGAAGUACCCCCACAUAUUUACGACUUAA